UAAGAAUGAAAGAGAAUGUUUUCAAAGAUAUGAAGAAGGGGGAACUAACAUAAAUGGAAUGCUCCAACUUGCAUAUAGUACAUAUCAAUACAUACUGUCAUUGAGUGAGAUCAUCAAUUCUAAACUCUGAAUUAAGUGAAUUUUGAUUUUUUAUCAUACGAGAUCAAAUGAUUAACAUGGUAAUACAAAAUAUUGCCAUUUUAUUUUUAUUAAUAACACAUACAUUAUCUGCACCAAGUGGAUGCAUAGAAUCUUGUACUUCUUAUCUGACACAAUAUCAAACUUCUGGAAGUUUACAAAAACAUGCUGAUUUAUCACAAACUGCUUCACAUUUACAAAGUCUUGAUUAUUCAAAACCUGGAACAUGGUCUGAACAUAAUGAUUAUAAUGUAGAUAAUGGACAUGGAAAAGUACAUGAAGAACGAGGUCAAUAUGUUGAAGGUCCCAAGACAGUAAGAUAUUAUAAGAAAAAUUAUUCUUCUUAUGAUACACGGUAUCCUGUUGGUGAGGAAAUAUCAAAUUUUAAUCAAAAUAAUAACAAAUAUAUAUCCAAUGCAGAAGACAUAAUUAAUCAACAUAUUUAUAAUCAAAUGAGUAAUUCAGAAUCAAUUAUACAGCAAAAUAAAUACAAUACAAUAAAAAGUCAACCACAUGUUGAAUCAUCAUAUAGAAAAACUAAUGUUCAAAAUGAAAGACUUGAAAAUCUUGGAGAAUACAGUAAAAAUUCACAGAUUAAUCAACAAGAUAUAUCUAAUCUGAAUACACAAAUUUCACAAGAACCCUAUCAUAUUAACAUGCAAUCUGGAAAUUGGAGUACAAUAGAUUCAUAUAAAACUGAUGGAGGACAUGGUCAUGUAUUUGAAGAAAAAGGUCAAUAUGUAUCAGGAGCUAAAAAAAUUCGUUAUUAUAAAAGAAAUUAUACUUCUAACUACAGUUCAUCUGAUGGAAUGCCUAUUCCUGAUAUUACUAAAAAUGGAAUGCAAGAUAUACAAACAAAAAUAGAAAAAUUUCAUAAAGAAAUUGGAAAAGGAUUUGAUCAAAUUUCUACACAAACCAUAGGAUCCAGUAAUAUUGGACAAACACAUUUUAAUAUUCAUGAUUUGCCUAUUAAUAAUAUUUAUAAUAAAAAUAGUGAUAAUUAUAGAGACCAAUAUAACUAUAGAAGUUCAAGAACACAUCAUAAUGAAGAACAACAAUCUUCAGACAUAACAAAUGAACAUUUACCUUAUAGGAAUCCUUAUCAAAAUACUUAUGGUGAAAAUAGUUACAGUAUGUAUGAAAAACGUGAAGGAUAUGUAAAAAAACUUCAACCAACUAAUCAACUUAUUAAUCCUACAUCAGGAUAUACUAGCACACUCAAUGUUGGAAAUAAUGAUUACAAUAGAAAUAAAUUUAGUGGAUCAAUUUUACAACACACAGAUAAUUUACAACAAACAGAUAUUUUAGAUGCACAUCAAUCAAAAUUUAUUCAAAAUCAAAUGUUGGUCGACAAUUUAAGAAAUAAUGUGCAGAGUCAAAGCAGCAUAAUUGAUUCAAGCAUGCCAAAACAAGUAUCUCAUUAUAAAGAACAGUGGAGUUCUAGUCAUACAAAACAAGCAUCUGUUCCUCUAUAUUCUACAGAUAUUUUACAUAAUAACAAAGAACAUUUUCAAUACAAUAAUGAUCAAUAUAACAACAAAUAUAAUUUAAACCAAGAUAUACGACAUGAUAAUAAUUUAAAUCAAUUCAGAGAAAAUAAUUUCAAUAGUGAUAGAAACAUAAUAUCACAAAAAUUAAUGACUAGUGCAAGUGAUUUAAGUGAGAUAGGAGAUAAUAUAGAUUGUGCAUAUAAUUCACAACAUUCACAUGGCAGUUCACAAUAUUUAAAAAAAUAUAAGCGCAAUGUAAUGCACAACAAAGAAGAUGAAGUGCAAAAAAUAGUAAAUAAACACAUUAUGGAUAAUCAACAAACUACACAAAAUGAUUAUUUUACACAACAGAACUCAAGAAAUAAUUUAAAUCAAGAAUUACAACAACACUCUUAUCAACCAUGGAAAUUAAAUCAACAAUUAAAUGAUUUUACCCAAACAACUGAAACUGAUGAUCUCACUCAAACUUCUGGAAAGUUUGAAUUUGGUCAAGAUUCACAACAAAUAUCUCAAUUAUGGAAACCAAAUGAUCCCAAUCAACAAUUUAAUGAUUUUAAUCAGCAAACAAGUGGAUCUGAGGAUUUUACUCAACAAAUUUCUGGAAAGAUUGAAUUUGAUCAAGAUUCACAACAAUCUUAUCAAUCUUGGAAACCUAGUAAUAUUAAUCAACAAUUAAAUAAUUUUGCUUGGCAAACAAGUGGAUCUGAUGAUCUUACACAACAAACUUUUGGAAAAAUUGAAUUUGGUCAAGAUUCGCAACAAUCUGGAAAACCCAAUAAUGCUAAUCAACAAUUAAAUAAUUUUGCUUGGCAAACAAGUGGAUCUGAUGAUUUUACACAACAAACUUUUGGAAAGAUUGAAUUUGGUCAAGAUUCGCAACAAUCUGGAAAACCCAAUAAUGCUAAUCAACAAUCAAAUGAUUUUAUCCAGAAAUCAAGUGAAAUUGAUGAUCUUACCCAACAAACUUUUGGAAAGAUUGAAUUUGGUCAAGAUUCGCAACAAUCUGGAAAAUCCAAUAAUGCUAAUCAACAAUCAAAUGAUUUUAUCCAGAAAUCAAGUGAAAUUGAUGAUCUUACACAACAAACUUUUGGAAAGAUUGAAUUUGGUCAAGAUUCGCAACAAUCUGGAAAACCCAAUAAUGCUAAUCAACAAUCAAAAGAUUUUAUCCAGAAAUCAAGUGAAAUUGAUGAUCUUACACAACAAACUUCUAGAAAGCUUGAAUUUGAUCAAGAUUCACAACAAAUAUAUCAACCAAAUCAAUGGAAAUCAAAUAAUGAUGAUAAAAAAUUCGAUGAUCUUAUUGAACAAACAAGUAAAUCUGAGAAUCUUAACAAAUCUCAACAAACCUCAGGCAAACUUGAAUUUGAUCAGAAUUCACAACAAAUAUAUGAACCAUGGAAAUCAAAUAAUGCUAAUCAAAAAUUUGAUGAUCUUAUUGAGCAAACGAAUGAAUCUGAGAAUCUUACUCAACAAAUCUCUGACAAACUUGAAUUUGAUCAAAAUUUACAACAAGUAUAUCAACCAUGGGAAUUAAAUAAUACUCAACAAUUAGUUCAUCUUACUCACCAAACAAGUGGAUCUGAGGAUCUUACUCAACAAAUCUCUGGAAAGUUUGAAUUUGGACAAGAUUCACAACAAACAUAUCAACCAAAGGAAUCAAGUAAUGCAGAUCAACAGUUAGUUCAUCUUACUCAAACAAGUGGAUCUAAAGACCUUCUUCAACAAACUUCUGGGAAAUUUGAAUUUGGACAAAUAUCACAACAAACUUAUCAACCAUGGAAACCAAAUAAUACUAAUCUGGGUUUUACAGAGGAGAUUAAUGAUUUUACCAAACAAAGUACUGGUAAAGUUGAAUUUAAUCAAGAAUCAGAAAAAGAUUCAUCUUUGCAAAUAAGUGUUAUACCAGAAUAUUUGGGAAAUGAUUCACAUUUUUCAAAACCUGCAGAUAAACCCAAACCAAGAUCAAGAUAUUCAAGAUACGGAUCACAUCAUAAUGUACAUAAUAUUGAUGAUGAAGAUAUUAUAAAUCACAAUAAUGGAAAUAUUGAUGCAUCACAUAUUUAUGAAUUACCUCCAAAUAUGGAUGUAGAAACUGAUGAUAAAGGAAAUCAAAAUACAAGAAAUCAAGAAGAAAAUAAAAAUAUAGAUUUGUUUAAAAAUUUAAAUCAACAUAGUGGAAGUAAUUUAUAUGAUAUUGAAGGAAGUAAUGUAGACCAAGUAAAUUGGUUACAUAAAUCAAAUGAUGCAACUGUAGGUUUACAAUGGCAUUAUACAUAUCAUCCAAGUGACCAAAGGCAAUUUGUGCAACAAACAGAACAAAAAGAUAAAGAAAAUUUGCAAGAACAAUCACAAUUUUUUAAUUUAGAGCAAAAUAAAGAAAUACAAAAUAAAUACACAAUGGAUAAUUUACAUCAACAAUCAGUUUCGCAAUCUCAAAAUUAUAUAUUUAAACAAAAAGAUAAAUCUUUAAAAAAUGAUUAUGUUCAAAAUGAAAAUAAAUUUAUAUCUAAUGAACAAAUAAAAGGAAAUUUACAGGCAGAUGCUGGAAUUUUUAAACCAGAACCUAAAUUACAGCCAAGAAUCUUAGAAGUUUAUGGAGGUGGACAAUAUGAUCCAACACAUAGCGAUGAUAUAUAUUCAGAAGUGACAAUAAAUCCUAGUGCUACAUUAGCAUCUAUAAGUAAUACAGAUCCAUGGGAUAUUAGAGAAAAACCAGAAAUAUUAACAACAACUGAAUUAAUACCGCCAUUAUUAUCUGUAGAACCAUUGGACACAAAUAUUACUACUGAAGCACCUCAUUCAUCAUCAAUUUGGUCAAGGAUUAGUCAUAAAAUAUCAACUACAAUAGAUAAAGCUAAAGAAAAAGCUAGAAAUAUUUUUGGAUAAAUAUAAAUUUUUAAAACAAAUUUUUAAAACAGAUAUCUAUUUAUAAGUAACAUAUUUUUCACAAUAUAGAUUUUAAAUAAAAUUUGUCAGUAAGAUCAUUGAGAUUGUUAAUUUAAUAUGUGGUACUAAUUUAAUAUAUUUUAAUAUAUUUAGGAUUGUAAUGUAGUAUUAUGAAAUUUUAUUAUUAUAAAGUUAUUAUAUAUUUUAGAUUGUUAUUUAAAUAAAUGAAUUUAUAUUUUUUAA